AUGAAUACACAGCUGCCGAACUCGCGGCGUCUCCGCUCUCAAUCCAAUCUGCCGCCAUCAGUAACCCUCCUCGAUGAGGUCAUCGCCGAAAUCUUAUCAUGGCUUCCAGUAAGAACUUUGAUGCAGAUCAAGUGUGUGAGUAAGUCUUGGAACACUAUUAUCUCUGAUCCUAAAUUCAUCAAAAUGCACCUCAAUAGAUCUGCACGAAACCCGCACUUCUCGCUAGUCUCUUACAAGACACCCACAUUUGAUGAUGAUGAUCACCGUUUCAUACCUUUUCCUGCUGGUCAUUUAUUAGAUAACCGUCAUAUCACCUUUCCUAAGGAUCCUUAUUAUCUGUUGCAUGACAAGGAUUGUCGUGAAGUUAUUGGUUCCUGCAAUGGAUUGGUCUGUUUGUUGGGCUAUUCUUCUGCCGCCGUCAAUACCUACACUUAUCGUCAAGUUAUCUGGCUCCGUUUCUGGAACCCCGCCACCAGGAAAAUAUCUGAUAGGUUAGGUAGUUUCGAUGAUUUCGAUUAUGGAUCGAAUUCUUGGAGGUUCGUGUUUUGUUAUGAUAAUUCAACGGACUAUUAUAAGGUUGUGGCCUUGCAUUAUAAUGGAAAUGUCAACAGCCCCGUGGUUGAGGUGAGCAUUUUCACUUUGGGUGAUAAUGUUUGGAGAACUAUACAAACUUUAUCUUUUGUGCCUCUUCAGCUUCUCUAUAGCUAUUGGAGAAUGUAUGAUGGUGUACAAUUCAACUGCACGGUUAACUGGUUGGCACGCAAUCGGAUUCCAGGGACUGAGACAUACACUGUUGACUGGUUGGCACCUAAUACUACUAUUAUUUAUGAAUUUGUGAUUAUUUCACUACAUAUAGGGACUGAGACAUACACAAAGUUGAUGCUCCCUCCAAGUGCUGACAAGUCGACACAUUUAUCAAGUGUUUGUGUGUUGAUGAACUCCUUCUGCUUUUCUCAAGAUUUCAACGGAACAGAUUUUGUUAUAUGGAAGAUGACAGAAUUUGGAGACGACCGGUCUUGGACUCAGUUAUUUACAUUUAGCUAUCACAAUCUUCGAAUGAAUUUAAAUUCAAGAGUUGUUUACUCGAGGUUGAAAUUAAAGCCGUUGCAUCUUUCUGAAGAUGGUGAUACAAUAGUAUUCGGAAGCUGCCUAGAUAACCAAGCAAUUCUGUAUAACUUGAGAACUAAUAGAGUACUGAAAUCUAGAGUUAACAAAAAGAUAUGUUGGUUCUCUAUCAAGGAUUAUGUCGAAAGUCUGGUUUCAACCUAUUGA